AGUCCCUUUCUUCUUCUUAUUCUCCUAUCUCAUGUUACUUCUUCUCACUAAUAAGAAGAGAAAGUUUUAGAGAGGCUUAAACAGAGAGACAGAGAGAGUGGGAGAUUGUGUGUGUGUUUUCUUUCUUUUUUUUUGUUCCUGGAGACGAUUAUUGAAGAUAUAACAUCAAAUAGAGAGUAAAGGUACUAUUCAAAUCACGAUCUGAAAAAUGGCUUCAAGACCCAUAGUUCCACAACAACCCAGGGUACAAAUUGUCUUAAAGGAUAAUUUGUAAUUGAAUAAUUAUCUGAAAACAGGUGAAGCAGUUGCAGGGGGCAAUAAUAUGCAGCAGAAAAAGAAUGCCGGUGAUGGCAGAAACCGCCGUCCUCUUGGAGAUAUUGGAAAUCUAGCAACUGUUAGAGGAAUUGAUGCUAAGCUUGCGAAUCAGGUUUCUCGACCCAUGACAAGGAGUUUCUGCGCACAACUAUUGGCCAAUGCCCAAAAUGCAGCAGCAGCAGAGAACAACAAGAAAUUAGUUUGUGUCAAUGUGGACAAGGUGGUGGCUCCUGAUGGUAAAAAGGCCGCUGUAGCAGCAAAACCAGCACAACAGAAGAAAGUCAUAGUGAAGCCAAAGCCCCAGGAGGUUAUUGAGAUAAGCCCUGAUACUGAGAAAGAAGUUGUUAUAGAAAAGCAGCAGAAGAAGGCAGUUGAAAUGAAGAAAGAAUUGGAAGGAUCAGCAAAGAAGAAAGUUCAGACUCUUAGUUCAGUCCUCACUGCUCGAAGCAAGCUUGCUUGUGGUCUGACAAACAAACCAAAGGAGGAUAUUAUUGACAUUGAUGCAGCGGAUGCCAAUAAUGAUUUGGCUGGUGUAGAAUACGUUGAGGACAUUUACAAGUUCUAUAAGCUAGUCGAGAAUGAAAGCAGGCCUCAUAAUUACAUGGCAUCACAACCUGAUAUCAAUGAGAAGAUGAGAGGAAUUCUGAUAGAUUGGUUGAUUGAUGUGCAUCAGAAAUUUGAGCUCUCACCUGAAACUCUUUAUCUCACAAUCAACAUAAUUGAUCGGUUCCUUUGUGUUAAAAAUGUUUCAAGAAGAGAACUACAGCUGGUGGGGAUCAGUGCCACAUUGAUGGCCUCAAAAUAUGAGGAAAUAUGGCCUCCUGAGGUCAAUGAUUUGGUUUGCAUUUCAGAUAUGGCUUACACUCAUGCACAGGUUCUGAUUAUGGAAAAGACUAUACUGGCAAAGUUGGAAUGGACACUAACAGUCCCUACACACUAUGUUUUCCUUGCUCGUUUCAUCAAAGCAUCUAUUCCUGACAAGGAGCUGGAGAACAUGGUCUAUUUUCUUGCUGAGUUGGGCAUCAUGCAUUAUGACACUAUAAUGUUCUGCCCAUCAAUGGUUGCUGCCUCAGCAGUCUAUGCAGCUCGAUGCACCCUGAAGAAGAGUCCUCUUUGGACAGAGACACUCAAGCUUCAUACUGGUUUCUCAGAAUCACAGUUGAAGGAUUGUGCGGGAUUGCUGGCAUUCUUGCACUCCAGAGCAGCAGAAAAUAAGCUUCAGACAGUGUAUAGGAAGUACUCACAUCCCCAGAAAGGAGCUGUUGCACAGCUUCCAGCAGCCAGAAGUCUGUUGCCAGCUAGUUUGUGUUAAUGGAAAAGAGAAGAAGAAAAAGUGAUUCGAAUUGUCCGGUAUGUGAGAUAUGAAUCGGGAAUGUUCAUUAAUGUUUUUGUUGCCAAUAUGGGCAACCAAUUCUUUCUUGUUUUAUAAUUCUUUUAGUGUAAUUUUAGCAAGACCUCCAUCAAUAUUAUUCUGGCAAAGUAUUCCUUUGCUGCUUAUUUUAA